AUGGAUCGCUGUGGAGGAUUGCGUUUACGCUUAACGGGUCUUGCACUUCUUGCAUUUACUGCAAUAUCUAAUCAGAGUUACUUUCAUCUUACUCUCUUUAUACUUUCACUCUUCUUAAAUGCAACAUUUGCUAUACGACGAGUGUUAACACCUAUUGCAAGUGCUAUUACUUUGGCUGCAAUCUGUUUAGUAUUACAUUUAUUUUUACUAAUUAUUGUACAGAUUACCUAUGUACAAAAAAAUCUCAGCAUUACUUUCAAAAGGAUCUUAGGAUUAUCAUAUUUCUUCUGUUCACCUGAUGCUAACAGUGAAUGUGAAAAGCAUUCCUGGAAUGUUUAUGUCGGAGUUGUAACGGAACUUUGCUUGGCAAGUGUACUCUUUUGGGCCAGAAGAAGAUCAUUUUCACGGAUAGAAUAUACGGCCGAAUCACAAGUAGAAUCGGUUGAUUUAAAGCAAAUAUAUCUUUUGACACCAAUUUCAAUAAUUUUUUGGGCGCUUCUCUUUCCAUCAUGGUUAGAUUUUCUAUGGAUUCUUGCUUCAUGGCUUUUAUUCUCACUGAUUGGAGAAAAGCGUCAUCGACUGUCAGCUGCACCCUUCAUUUUAACAUUUGCUUCAAUUUUAUUAUUACUUCAAUAUAUUUCUGGCCUUAUGAAUUUUCAAGGAAUUAUGCUUGAAAAACUGGGGUUACAUUCUGGAGUAGGACCUGCUGCUUUCUAUCCUUUACUAAUUAAGAUGUUGCUUUCUAUACCAUUUUACAUGAUGCGUUAUUUUGAUGGGAGAUACCUAGAAGCAUUUAGUACAUUUGAAAACUUAGAAACAGAAACAAUUCCGAAUGCACCUGCAACAUCAAUGCGAUGGCCAUCUGUUACUGCAGCUUCUCUGGAAAGUGUUAAUCACCUGGAAUGGGUCGUACCUUAUAUUUGCCUUUUUACAUGUAUAUUAUAUGUUUGUUUACAAUAUAUGUAUAUUUUAAUCCAUGGUGAAUGGCUAGUGCUCAGUAAUUAUCAGUGGUUUUCUUCUGCUGUUCGGCCUUUAGCAUCUGCCGUAUGGUUACCCUUCUGUUUCAUGUUUCUACUGAUUUUCGUUUACAUGAAAAGUCUUGAUACCUCAAUGGAUGUUCUAAGGAAGUCUACAUCUAUAUUUGCUCGUACAUUAGCGACAAGUUAUGAUACCUUAAUAGCGGUAUCGUUAUGCUGUUUUGCUGGCUAUAAUUUAUCGAUAGCUGGAAUUGUUUUACUAAUGUUAUCGCUGACGAUCUUUAUCACUGCUGGGCAGAAAUGUACUUUGGCGUGUUUGGCAACUACGCUACUGCUUUCAGUUCAAUGGUUAAUGUCUUUUGUAACAUAUUCCUUUCAUUUACCCAUCUACAUAUAUCCACAAAAUUGUACAUCCGGGCAUGAAGUCAUUAUAGACCAUAAUAUAGCUAAGUGGUUUGGAUUCAGUCUAAAUCAGACCUGGCCAGUAAUCAUACUUUUAUUAAUAAUAUCUAUGCGUAGUGCACUUUCGGAGGAGGAGUCGAAGUGGCUGAUCGAAGUGCAAAGAUCUGAUGCUGAAGAAGAUGCAGCUUCUCUGCUAAAAUUCCUUUUGAAAAAAUGGAUGUAUAAAUUUGGUGUUGAGGUUUGCUCGAUCGUAGGAGUAAUAUUGGCAUGUUGUCAUCAUGACAUAUUCGGUCUUUAUUUCUUAGUAGUGGUUUCAUUUUUGCGGAUAUGCAGAAGAUGGCUGCAGAAAUUAGUCUGGUCUUCUUAUACCAAUAUGACAUUGACAGUUUUGAUAAUUGAGUAUUUAUUCACACUUGGUUUGCCUCAUCAGUUCUCUCAUUGCCACGAUUACUUUUGGAGUGAGUGGAAUGCUGAAGUAAAAGAAUUCUUUGUUUUAUCCUUUACUAUAUCAUCAUCUCCAAAAUUUAUUGCCGAUUUCAUUUUUCUUUUUUUGAUUUUGAUACAGAAGAAUGCUUUUAAUAGAGAGGAGGAACAUCUUGAUGAUGACAAUACGCCGUUAUCGGAGGCUGAUUUCAAUCAGCCAAUUCCAGCUUUAUACAAUGAUUUUAUAUCCACAAAAGGAAACCUUUUGGCAUACAUUCAUACGGCAGUCUUUCUGUAUUCUCAUUGGGUAUCGAUGAUAAUCAUCUUAAUAUGCAGUAUUAAUGAUGGUACAAUACUAAGUUUCGGUUACAUUAUCGCAGUAUUUCUAUUUAUGUGGAAAGGAAUUUCGCUUUAUGCCUGUCAUUCAUUCAAAAGUGUUCUUAUCUAUUGGAAUUGCCUCGUUUACUACAAUAUUUUCCUCAUAGCUGUUAAAAUUUUAUACUUGGAUGCGUUUUGCAAAUUUGGUUUUGCUUUUCCAUGCUGGCUGGAGCGAGUCAUUGGACUUCGUUGUGUUUCUAACGAAUGUCCUGGCUAUUACAAAAAAACAAGUCUGAUCUAUGAUGUGAUCUGUUUUGUUAUUCUUAUAUAUCAAAUGCGUGUGUUCAAUUCGUGGUACUUCCAAUUCGUCAUUAUGGAUUAUAGGGCAGAUAGUAUUCUUGGUUCAAGAGGAGGUCAAUUACUUCUGGAAUUGAAACGACGUGAAACGCAAAAAAAUAAUCGGCGAUUACAGAGUAAUGUUAGGUGUCUUUGGAUGAUGAUUGAAGAAGAGGAUAAACUUGCGCCGGUUUCGAUAGGAUCUCCUCCUCAAUCUCAUGAAGAAAUUAAGAGGUCGGGAUAUUAUCACCAAGUAAGUGAGCGCUUCUUCCCUCUACCAAAUUCUGAUAUUAAUUUUGAACAGGAACAAACUUCUUUCUUAAUUUCCCAUGAAUUUGAAGAAAGCAUUCGUGAAAACCUUGAUACUACUACUAUGGUCGAGAAAACUGUUGAGGUUCUUGAUAGCGUCAGAGUAACCAUGAUGCACAUCUUUCAACUUCUGAAUAAUCCCGAGUGGCUCUAUCGAAUUUCCAAAGGGGAUGCUUUUGUGGCGCAUGUUUUAGAUAAAGAUAAAAAGCGUAUUAAAGCAGUUUUGAAAGAUCGAUUAAGAAUUGCUGAUACGGAGGAUAAAUUGCGUGAACUACAUAAAGAUCUAGUUGUUCACGAAGAUUUUCAAUCAGUAGCUUCUUCAAACAUACUUUGGAAUGAAGCAUUAAGUGAAUAUCGCGCUAUACAUCCUGCAUUUAAAUUUCUUUACUGUUUUUCGCAUUCGAUUAUAGCCCAGUCACAACUUAUUUGCUUCAUAUUAAUGCUUAUUGUACAUUUAUCUAAAUCAUCAUUAAUCAGUUUUCCGCUGCCGUUAAUGGUAUUUUUCUGGGGAGUUCUUGCUAUUCCACGUCCACCGAAAUCUUUUUGGCUUAUAACUGCUUCCUACAUUCAAUUUCUCAUCGUGUUUCGACUACUGUUUUGCAACGAGCUAGUUUUGGCUUUGAUUGGUAAAAGAAACAUUUCGGAUAAUAAUCCAUUUAGUAUUCAAAGAUUGCUGGCAAUGGAUCCAGAUAUUAAUGGAUCAUACUGGGAUAUAGCUUUACUUGCGAUGGUUUUCUUUCAUCGAUAUAAAUUGCUAAGACUUGGUAUGUGGCGUAAUGAUUUUCAAGUACGUGAGCAGUACUUGAGUUUGGGCGAUGAUAUUGUGUCGGAAGAAGACAGUGAAAACAUGGGUGAGUCAAUGUCAUGCGAAAAAUUCUGCAAAGCGUUGCUGAUGAAGAAAACUCAGUCGUCUAUGGAUUGGUAUCCAUGGAUGGUAGGAUGUGAUGUGCUCUGUCUAAUACUUAUAUCCUUUUUCUACUCGAUGAUAGGACAAGGUGGUUCCGGAAAUGUGCUACUGGAUAUGCAGGUAGCAAGAUUACCAAGAUGGUUCGCCUAUACUUUAAUUUGUGUAUUUGUAAUUAUGAUAGUCGAUCGAUGGCUUUACUUAUCUAAGCAAACGAAAUUUCGCUUCUUUUACUAUAUCUCUCUCGUUGUUUUACUACAUGUGGUCAUAUUUUUAUUUGUUCCCUCUAUUACAGGAAGUAUGGUAACAUGGAAUAGAUUAUCAAUUUCAUUAUAUCUCAUUAAAAGUGCAUAUUUGCUAAUGAGUGCGUGGCAUAUGCGAAAUGGUUAUCCAUCUGUGAUGAAUCGUGAUAUAUUAGCUAGUGGUUCUGGAAUUUUCCGGCUGAUUAUAUUAAAGAUUUAUCUCAACAUACCAUUUCUUUUCGAACUCCGAACAGUUAUGGAUUGGACAUUCACAUCGACGGCUUUGACAAUGGCAGAUUUCAUUCGAAUGGAAAAUUAUUACAACGAAGUAGAGGCACAGCACUGUUGGAUAUUGUUUGAUCAUUGGCUGGAUAAUUAUUUCCCAACGCGAAAAGGUCGACCGACGCCAACGUCUGGAAAGUUUUUUAAGGGUGUCUUAUCAGUAGUUAUAUUGAUAGUGAUCAUCCUAGCACCUAUAUUGCUUUUUGCAUUUUUAAACAGUUUUGGAACAAGAGCACCACCGAAACGUCUUCAUUUCAAGGCAUCGAUAGAGGGUUAUCCGUUUCUCUAUUCAACUGAUGCUGUAUUUAACGAUGAGACGAUGCCGCAUUUAUCUACGCAUAAUAUGCAAGCUUUGGUUAAUGAAUUGACGAAUCUGGAGGAAAGUGACAUAAAACGCAGAGCGCUGUCUUUCAUCUCAGAUUACACAUUCAAAGAUGUCUUCUUGAUUAAUUUGACACCCGAUUCGCUUCAAAAUUGGGAUAUUUCUUUGCCGGGAAAGAAACAACUGGUAGCGAAAUUACAAUCUUUGAAGACAACACAAAUAGUCUUCGAAAUAUCUCUACUUCGACCUGUUGGUUCCACACAACGGUCGCAUGAAUUCAUCCUUGCAGCAGCAUUAACUUCAAAGCAAUCAAAAAUAUUUCUUGAUUUGAUCAAUGGCAACAUAACCACUGCUAGGAUGAGUUUUCCACUUGCUCAAUAUUUACUUGCACCUCCUAAUGGCCAUUUACAACCAGCUGAUGCCAUUAAUUUGGCAUUGAAACGAAUUCAUUCCAUGAGCACAUGGCAAUACCAUGGUGAUUAUUGGAGUAUUACAUGGGAUCAGAAGUUUGUGAUAUUUGUUGAUCGAGUAAUACCAUCUUGGAUGAGUAUUGUUGUUGGUUCAGGUGGUAUGGUCGCAAUGUAUGUUGCUGUUAUACUGGUUGUUGGUCGUUUUGUUCGUGAAAUUGUACGAACGCCAAUACAUAAGGCCAUGAUCGAAAAUAUCCCAAACUGUGAGAACCUUUUACGUCUGUUCCAUGACAUAUAUGUAGUUCGCGAAAAACGUCAGUUUUACUUGGAAUCACGUCUAUACGGCAAACUUGUUUUUUUGAUGCGAUCACCAGAAACUCUUAUACGCUGGUGUCGAUAUCGUGUGAAAGUUAAAAAUGAGUGA